GAGGCGCUCCUGAACGCAUCACAGUCAUGGCGGUUGGCCCUCCUUCCCGUCGCUCGGAGCUAAUGAGUCCCCGCCUCCACCGCCUGUUGAGCGGCGUCUCUUCACUCCCAGGAGCCGCAGUGAAGUUCUGGUGAGCUUCACGCGAUGACGUUCAGGAGGCUGAAGAAGGUGAACUCCAGCGGGGUGGACGGAGGACCCGCAUCCCAGGACCACGACAUUUAUUUCCCAUCGUCAAAGUCGGACAGCUGCAGGUCGGUGGAGCUCCCGGCCAACUCCUCGGAGGUUUAUAACUACAAGACUCUGGCUUAUUCUGGGGGCACGCUGCCUCGAAACUUCAAGAAGGGUGGAGGCUCGCAGAAGUGGAAACCCCUGACGCUGCCCCCAGAACCACAAAGGAAAGUGGUGGACUUGGAGAAAAAUGAAGAGGAGGCCUUUGGUUUUGAGAUUCAGACUUACGGCCUUCACCACCAAGAACAAAACUCAGUGGAGAUGUGCACAUUUGUGUACAGGGUGCACGACGGCAGCCCGGCCCAACAAGCAGGACUUAAAGUUGGGGACACCAUUACAAGUGUGAAUGACACCGCCGUCGAGGGAUUUCUGCACAAGGACAUCGUUCAGCUCAUCAGGUCAUGCGGCAACACACUGAGGCUGGAGACGGUUUACAGUGACUCAAUCCGAAAAGCUGAGCUCGAGGCCCGGCUGCAGUAUUUAAAGCAAACGCUUCAUGAGAAGUGGGAUGAAUAUCGUUCGUUGAUGGUGCAGGAGCAGAGGCUUGUCCAUGGUAUCGUGAUGAGCGACGCUGCUCUGUACGAGUCCCUGGAGUCGGCAGGAAUCUACGGCAGCAUCGGCACGCCCAGCCCCGCGGCGCAGAGAGCCCUCCGCUGCACCGGCAGCACCAGCAGCAGCGCCAGCCUCCUCAGCACGGCCACCGAGGACGACCCGCUCUACCAGACCUGCGUGUACCACUCGGACGGCUACGUGGACUCGAGCAGCGCCGACAAAAUCAACGAGCAGCCGCCUUCCCAGAGGCAGCAGCGCGUCCGACCGACCAGCGAACUCCUCACCGUGGCCAAGACUCACCUGACCCGCAGCGCCAGCACGCGCAGCUACUUGAGGGGGUCGUCGUCGUCCGUGGGGUCGACGGAGAAACCGGGAGGAUUCGGCUCGCUGCAGAGAAAACCCAAACAGAAGAGCUUCCGCAGGCGUCUCCUCAAGUUCAUCCCAGGUUUGAAUCGACCACUGGAGGAAGAGGAGAGCAAACUGUGAGCAACGGACAGAAAUAAAGACUGAAAACAACAAUGACUUUCAAACUGAAGUGCCAAAGAAAACAGCAAAUAUUGGUAUAUUGGCUGACCAAAAAUUGGUCUCCAGCCUUCAAAAAGCUGGAGACCAAAGCGAAGUGGCUGCAUUGCUGGGAGACCAGUGGACUUUUAUUUCACAGGUCUACAUAACUUUUGCUUUGGCCUGUCUCAACUUCUAAGUUAUUUAUUUAUUUUUACGUUUUUGUCAUGCAGAACGAAGGAUGUUUCAUUUUUUUUACUGCAUAGACAUAUUUUUUUCAUUUCAAAACCAUAAAAUCUUAGGAAGCAUAUUUGGUCUAGUUUCUGUUGCACGUAUCUUAGUGCACUUAAAAUAAGACAAAACUAACUUACAAGUAACUUCAAAGGUAAACAGGAGGUUCUUUUAUGUGAGUAAUUCUAUAAUAUUGAUUUUUAAAAGUACUAGUUGAUUAUUUCACUUGUCAUUUUUAUUUAAUUCCACUUUGGGAUUAAUCACGUAAUUUUGAAUUUGUAACACAGCAAAAACUGCCUUAUUAGUGAAAUAAUCUUCUAGUAGAAGAAAAAAAUCAAUAUUAAUGAAUUAUUUUCUUAAAACACACUUCCAGAUCUUCUUGAAAAGCUUAAAUAAUUCCUCAAUAUUGAUGGAAAAAGUACUAGUUCCUCUGGCAGAUUAUUCCACUAAUAGCAAGACAUUUUCCCUCAGUGGAAAUAUUAUUAAUAUCAAGGAAUUACUGAGAUAAAACAAGCCUCUAUUUAUUCCUAAAAAGUUCUUGUAAGUUUUGUCUUAAGAUUUUGUACACUAGAAAUUAAAAGCAAAAUACUUGGUAAGUUGUACUUUUGCAGUGUUGACAAACCUGUGAUCACUUUAAAUUGUGCAGCAAUUUGAAAUGACUCAAAGCCUGUUAUGGUUCCUAAAAAUAAAAUAUGUGGCAUUUCCAGAUUA